GUGAGCGGCUUGAGUGUUGUUGGUCGCGACAAGUACGGAGUAUUCCCUCUGCGUGGGAAGCUUCUGAACGUCAGAGAUGCCCCUGCCAAGCAGUUAACAGACAAUGCAGAGAUCACCAACAUCAAGCAGAUCAUGGGGCUUCAGCAGGGAAAGCACUAUGACAACACCAAGUCCCUGCGAUAUGGUCAUCUAAUGAUCAUGACUGAUCAGGACCACGACGGAUCUCACAUCAAGGGCCUCCUCAUCAACUUCCUUCACGCCUUUUGGCCAUCACUUCUGAAGCAACCCAACUUCUUGCUGGAGUUCAUCACGCCCAUCGUCAAGGCUACUGGGCCCCGUGGAAAGGUUCUUUCCUUCUACACCAUGCCUGAGUACGAGUCAUGGAAAGAAUCUCUUGGAGGAAGUACAAAGGGGUGGUCCAUCAAGUACUAUAAGGGUCUGGGAACAAGUACACCGAAGGAGGCAAAGGAGUACUUUGCAGCCCUUGAUCAGCACCGGAAAAGUUUUGAGUGGAGAGGAGAAGAGGAUGGUGAAAGCAUAGAGAUGGCGUUUAGCAAGAAGAAGGUGGAAGAGAGGAAGACCUGGCUGCGCAAUGUGGAGCCUGGGACUUUCCUGGAUCAAAGUGCCAAGUCGAUCAGCUACAGCGACUUCGUCAACAAGGAGCUGGUUCUCUUCUCUAUAGCUGACAAUCUGCGAUCCAUUCCAUCUGUCAUGGAUGGCCUCAAGCCUGGCCAGAGGAAGAUUCUCUUCAGUUGCUUCAAAAGGAAGCUGAAGAGUGACGUGAAGGUUGCACAACUGGCUGGUUACAUCUCAGAGCACUCGGCAUACCAUCAUGGCGAAAUGAGCUUGAUGACCACCAUCAUUGGUCUCGCCCAGGAUUUUGUGGGCAGCAAUAACAUCAACCUGCUGGUACCAAGUGGCCAGUUUGGCACCCGCCUUCAGGGAGGGAAAGAUGCUGCAAGCCCCCGUUACAUCUACACCAGGCUGCAUAAGUUGACAAGGAUUCUUUUCUCUGAGGUGGACGAUGCCCUUCUGGACUUCCUGAACGAAGACGGACAGAAGAUUGAACCAACAUGGUAUCUCCCUAUCCUGCCGAUGGUCCUCGUCAAUGGAAGUGAAGGGAUUGGGACUGGAUGGAGCUCCUAUGUGCCAACGUUCAACCCUCGCGACAUUGUUGACAACCUCAAGCGGCUGAUCAGGGGAGAGGAGAUGGAGCCGUUGCACCCCUGGUUCCGUGGCUUCAAGGGAACUGUGGAACACAACAGCAACAAAGAUGGCCGGAACUACAUCGUGACUGGAACCAUCAACAAGGUCAGCGACACUGUUCUGGAGAUCACGGAGCUGCCCAUCCGGACCUGGACGCAGAACUACAAAGAGUUCUUGGAGGGGAUGAUGGUGGUGAACGACAAGAACAAGGAGCCAUUCAUCAAGGACAUGCGAGAGCAUCACACUGACACCACUGUGCAUUUUGAAGUGCACUUGUCGCCCGAGGGAAUGGCGACUGCAGAGGCUGAAGGACUGAUCAAGCGCUUCAAGCUGACGGCAUCAGUAGCAACCAGCAACAUGCACCUCUUUGACAAGGAUGGGAGGAUGAGGAAGUACGAAACUCCAGAAGAAAUCAUUGAGGAGUUCUAUCACAUUCGGCUGGAGUAUUACAGGAAGAGGAAGGAUAUUCAACUGGAGCAACUUCGAAAUGAGCUCAUCAAGCUGGACAACAGAGUGAGGUUCAUCCUUGCAGUUGUGCGUGGAGAGAUCAUUGUCAGCAACAGGAAGAAGGCGGAACUUCUGGCUGAACUCAAGGAGAAGAAGUUCGCACCCUUGCCGAAAGGCAAGGCCAGCUCAAGUGGUGGUUCAUCCACAGCCGCAGACGAGGAGGGUGACGAUGAGGGGGAGGAGUCGGGUGAAGAGGAAGGGGGCUCGAAGGCUAAGAAGGGGGGCGACGGUGGCUAUGACUAUCUCCUUGGCAUGCCACUGUGGAGUUUAACCCUGGAGAGGGUUCAAGAGCUGCUGAGGGAUCAGAAGAAGAAUCAAGACGACCACGAUGCUCUGUUGAAGACGGAGCCCAAGGAUCUCUGGGAGAGGGACCUGGACAUGUUCCUUGAGGAGCUUGAGGUUGCGGAGGAGGAGGCGGCUCAGGAGAAGGCCAAGGAGGUGGCAGGCAAGCCUGGCAAGGGGAAGGGUCGUGUUGCCAAGGCUGUGGCCGCGAAGCCGAAAAAGGCACAGAAGAAGGCUCAGAUCUUCAGUGAUGAGGAAAUGGAUUUCAUCUCGGACUCAGAUGAUGACUUCAUGGAAGAUGCCAAGGUGAGACGAGGAAAGGGUGGUGCUGCUGCUGCAGCAAAGCCGACAGCAGUGGCUGCUACAACAAAACCACAGGCAUCUGUGCCUCUUGUUCAGGCACCAAAACUGGAGGUGGUCAAACCUGCUCCCAAGUCGAAACCUGCCCCCAAGCCAAAAGCAACGGCUGGAUCUGAUUAUGACAGCGAUGAGGACUUCGGAGGAAGCCUCAGGGAGCGGCUUGCAGCCAUGGCAGCGAAGAUGUCACUGCAAGAAAAACCUUCAGGAGGAGAGUCCACAGCAGAAGUGAAGCCUGCAGCUUCCAAGAAAGAACCUUCCAAGAAGGCCGCAACAAAACGACCUGCUGCCAAGAAAAUGGAGGAGAAGGUGGAGAAACCAGCUCUUGGUGAUCAGUUUGAGUUCUUCGAUGACGUGGACAUCAAGUCCCCCGUGAAGGAGCCUGUGAGCAAGGUGCAAAGAAUGCGCCCAUCCCCCUUCAGCAAGAAAAGUGGUCUGCCAGCAGCUGAAGGUCGUACCCAUCUCUCUCGUGGGGCUCAGAAGAAGCCGGCAGUGGUGCUCAGUGAUGACAGCGACGAGAGUGAGGAGGAGAGCGAGGAUGAUUUCCAAGACUUCAGCGAGGAGGACUCCAUCCCCGUUUCUUGCCUCCUCCACAUCUCCGUUGUCACCGCCGCCUACGGAUCCGUGAUCAGUCGCAAACCCACUCCCUCCAUUGCUGCUGCUGCUGGCGCCGGCAUCACCUUGUUCCUUCCUCCUCUGCCAUCGCCUGUUGGCGACAGGCAGAGGCGAUGCCACUCGAUUAGCUGCGUCGGACACGGCUACGCCUACGAGCGCGCGCUACGUCAGCACCUUCCCGUAGAAUCCGGGAAGUUCCGCAUCGCGCGAAAUUCGCGCGUGGGAUUGGUGAUAGUUGAUGAGGUCAACGGCUUUUGCACUCCCGGCGCGGGGAAUUUGGCCCCGCCAGUGAGAGACGAGCAGAUAGAGAACAUGGUGUCUCGUACAUCCUCGCUGGCCAGUGACAUGCUGACUCGUGGCAUGCCUGUACUGGCCUUUCUGGACACUCAUGAGGCGGACAAGCCAGAGCCGCCGUACCCCCCUCACUGCGUGCGAGGCACAGGGGAGGAGAAGCUGGUAGAGGCCCUGGCGUGGCUUGAGAGGGAAGCAAGCAGCGGAGGUGACACCACUGCAGCAGCUCCAGACGCUGAUGGGCGUGUGACUAGAGGCAGUGUGACUCUAAUGGAGAAGGACUGUAUCAACGGGUUUGUGGGCGGCAUACAAGCAGAUGGGACAAAUGUUGUGACGCAAUGGGCGAUUGAGCACGAACUGGAACAUAUUAUUGUGGUUGGCAUAUGUACAGACAUUUGCGUCAUGGAUUUUGUGCUGACUGCACUGUCUGCCCGAAACCAUGGGCUGUUCGGGCAGCAGCUGAAAGAAAUUGUGGUGGUUGCUCCUGCCUGCUCCACAUACAACCUUCCCCGGCCUGUUGCUGAGAGCCUUGGGAGGGGCGCCACUGCAUCACAUCCUCAGGAUGCCACCCAUCAUUUGGGUCUAUAUUUCAUGCAUUCUCGAGCGAUGGGAUCAGCGCGGUUCUUCGCGGUCCCACUCGCUCUCCUGUGCUGCAUCGUCGCCGUUCGUCUGGCGCCGGCUGCCGGAGCGGACGACGAGCCAAUCAUAGUGCCGGAGAUGAUUGAGGGCGCGGAGGUGGUGCCCAAGGGGCCCGACGCGGAAGAUGCGGCACUGCUGGACCGACUCACGGAGAUGGGGAAUGCUAUUAGCGAGCAGAUGGAGAAAGGGAUGGCAAUAGCAGAGGGAGCGGAGGCGGAUCUAGUGGACGAGGUGGAGAGGAGUGUUGGGCUGGUAGAAGCCAUGGCCGCCCAGGCCAACGCCACCCUGUCGGAGCGCCAGCUAGCUAGUGGAGAAGGGGGUGAAGAGGCAUGCGGGGCCUCGAGCCUCGAGAUGUGUGUGAAGGGAAAGCCAGCUGGUGGUGGUGGUGGAGGGGAGGAGAGGUCAUGGUUUUCCAGCCGAGCGCCUCCCAGAGGUCAUGGUUUUCCAGCCGAGCGCCUCCCAGAGGUCAUGGUUUUCCAGCCGAGCGCCUCCCGGAGGUCAUGGUUUUUCAGCCGAGCGCCUCUGGGAGGUCAUGGUUUUACAGCCGAGCGCCUCCCAGAGGUCAUGGUUUUCCAGCCGAGCGCCUCCCAGAGGUCAUGGUUUUCCAGCCGAACGCCUCCCAGAGGUCAUGGUUUUCCAGCCGAGCGCCUCUGGGAGGUCAUGGUUUUCCAGCCGAGCGCUUCCCAGAGGUCAUGGUUUUCCAGCCGAGCGCUUCCCAGAGGUCAUGGUUUUCCAGCCGAGCGCCUCCCAGAGGUCAUGGUUUUCCAGCCGAGCGCCUCCCAGAGGUCAUGGUUUUCCAGCCGAGCGCCUCCCAGAGGUCAUGGUUUUCCAGCCGAGCGCUUCCCAGAGGUCAUGGUUUUCCAGCCGAGCGCCUCUGGGAGGUCAUGGUUUUCCAGCCGAGCGCCUCCCAGAGGUCAUGGUUUUCCAGCCGAGCGCCUCCCAGAGGUCAUGUUUUUCCAGCCGAGCGCUUCCCAGAGGUCAUGGUUUUCCAGCCGAACGCCUCCCAGAGGUCAUGGUUUUCCAGCCGAGCGCCUCUGGGAGGUCAUGGUUUUCCAGCCGAGCGCUUCCCAGAGGUCAUGGUUUUCCAGCCGAGCGCUUCCCAGAGGUCAUGGUUUUCCAGCCGAGCGCCUCCCAGAGGUCAUGGUUUUCCAGCCGAGCGCCUCCCAGAGGUCAUGGUUUUCCAGCCGAGCCCCUCCCAGAGGUCAUGGUUUUCCAGCCGAGCGCUUCCCAGAGGUCAUGGUUUUCCAGCCGAGCGCCUCUGGGAGGUCAUGGUUUUCCAGCCGAGCGCCUCCCAGAGGUCAUGGUUUUCCAGCCGAGCGCCUCUGGGAGGUCAUGGUUUUCCAGCCGAGCGCCUCCCGGAGGUCAUGGUUUUCCAGCCGAGCGCUUCCCAGAGGUCAUGGUUUUCCAGCCGAGCGUCUCUGGGAGGUCAUGGUUUUCCAGCCGAGCGCUUCCCACAGGUCAUGGUUUUCCAGCCGAGCGCUUCCCGGAGGUCAUGGUUUUCCAGCCGAGCGCUUCCCUCCCUGUCAUUCUGAUAAAGCCAUAGUCAUGGCGCAGGCAUUACUGCAGCAGGUGGAGCAGGCGGAGGCUAUCAUUGCCCUUCACGGUGAAUAUACACACACAGCUCAUCAGGUGUUACUGCCCAUUGUUCCCUUCCUUCCCUCUCUCAGAGCCAUGAUUAUGGCGCAGGCAUUACUGCAGCAGGUGGAGCAGGCAGAGGCGAUCAUUGCCAAGCGCAUGGCAGCAGGCAGCAGCGUGGCCUCUGUAACAUCAGCUCGAGAGGGAAUACUCGCUACAGUACCACUCGAAAAGAGCAUAAAACGCUCCGACUUGAACGACACAUUUCUCAACUACCACAAAACAAUCUACCCCGGGCAAGUGAAACUUCGCUGCAUGGGCGAAACCUGCCCGAACUUCGGUUCCUGCGGGGAUUCCUUCCCGACCGUGCGAGCCUGCUUCUGCCCGGAAUUUGCCGACGAAAUAUACUACCGCCCGGACCAGCCGGAAAACUGCCCGAAACUGUCGCACGCAAAUGAGUCCGGGGAGCUAGGGGCGGAUCCUCGAUGCACGCACAAGACGGACCACCACUGGCACGAUGCGAUGGUGUUUCAGCUGUUUGAGCUGCGCUCCAUGUUCAUCAACGUGAAUGGGCUUCUCUUCAACCGCUCCCUGCACUUCGACCGCCACGGGUGCUUCCGAGACCUGGAGGGGGGAUAUGGUGCACGGGAGGAGCUUGGGUUGUGGCCCUCACCCUCCCUCCCACCUGCUGCCUUCACUCUUUCCCCACCACAACCCGGCUCCCACUUUCACCAGUUUGACUACAAGGCGGGGGAAUCCCAGGUGAUGAAGCUGCACCGGGUGGUAUCCCUUGCAUACAACCAUGCAGUGGCAUUCUAUCACUCGCUCGUGGAGUUCUCCCCCCAGUUCCUCAUGUAUGCUCGCUCACCUGCUUGCUUGGAGCCACAGCCCUGCUUCUUCCCCACCCCCACCCAACCCCUCCGCCAGUUUGACUACAAGGCGGGGGAAUCCCAGGUGAUGAAGCUGCACCGGGUGGUGUCCCUCGCAUACAACCACGCGGUCGCCUUCUACCACUCACUCGUGGAGUUCUUCCCCCAGUUCCUCAUGCUCGCUGACCUGCUGCGAGCCAACCCAGACAUCCCCAUCCUCUUCCGCCGCAGCCAGCCCGUGUAUCAAGGUUGUGGCAAGCCCAGCCCCAGCCUGUGGCGCCAUCUGCGUCUCAACUACCUCCUCCCCCCGGACGGUCUCCCUCUCUUCUCCUCCCCCUGGCGCCUGCGCGCCCACUCCCCCGGCCCGUGGUCCGACGCGCGCGCUGCUGUGCUGCCAGCAGACUGGGUGGUGGUGAUGGCGAGGCGGCCGGGGAACACAAGGAAGAUGGUGGGGUUUGAAGGGCUGCUGGAAGCAGUGGAAGGGAUGUUUGGGAAGGAGAGGGUUGUCGUCUUUAACGGGUCGAUACCCAUCCUGGAAGCCAGGGCGCUGUUCAACAGAGCGGCGGUGUACAUCGCAUCGCACGGGGCAGCCAUGGCCAACCUGGUCUUCAUGCCCUCCGCCUCCUGUGUGCUUGAGAUCCGUCCUCGGGAAUACCUCAACGCCUGCUAUCACCACCUCGCCUCCGCCUCACAGCAGAAAUACUUUUUAGUUUUCGGGAACGGCACCAAGGACACCCCGCUUGAGUUUCACCUGCCCGACGUGCUGCCCGUGCUGAAAAAUAUUUCGGAUUACACGUUGAGGAGGGUUCGGGAGCAGGAGGAGGAUCCGCUAUUGGAAGAGGGGAAGGAGUGGGUGGAGAGAUUGGCGGAGGGAGGAGGGAAGAACGCGAGAGAGAUGGGGUUUGUCACUCCUAUAGACGAGGGUUCGGUCAAGGAAGGGACGCUGCCCGAAGAUUUUAUCCGGGCAGAAAUGGACAAUCUGCACCUGAACAUGGGCUCGACUCACUCCCCAAACAUGCUUUCCCUCGAGUGCCCGGGCAACUCCUGCCCGGAUUUCUCGGGCAGCUGCGACAUACGGCCGGAUGCGUCUGCUUGCACGCCGGCGACAGGAUGGAGGGACGAGGGGUUUCCAAAGCCGCCCGUGCCGGUGAAUUGCCCGAAGGAGGACCGAUCGCACAUGGGGCCCGAGGGGAGGAACGAGAGCUGUACCCAUACUGCCGACUUCUUUUGGUUCGAGUGGCAGAUCUUCCAGGUGUACAAGCUGCGCAACGUGUACAUCAACGACGAGGGGCUCAUGUUCAACAAGACGACGCACUUCCACCGCGAGGGCUGCAACUGGGACAGCGAGUUUGAGUACAAGAAAGGAACGAAGAUAAAGCGGAUCAAGAGGGUGGUGAACCUCGUGUACCGGCAGGCCUCCUCCUUCUACCACGGGCUCAUCGAGUGGACGCCCCAGCUCCUCCUCCUCGCCUCCACCCUCCACACCGCCCCCACGCUCCCACUGCUCGCUCACGCUGGCCAGUGGGAUUUUUAUGAGAACGUGGCACAGCCGCUACUGGGCAAGGACCUUUCAAAGAGCACUCUUCUGAACAUCAGCGAUGGAGAGAUGUACUUUGCAGAGGAGGUUUAUGUGCCGUUGUACCAAGCCUGUGGCAAGGCCAGCCCGUCCAUCUGGACCGACAUUCGCCACCGCUUCCUCCUGCCGCCCAAAGGCCUCCCGGUCUUCCGCAACAACCAAUGGGACGUGCGCCACGUCACCGCCCUCGAUUCCAAAAACGCCUCCGUGGUGCCUCCUGAUUGGCUCGUCGUGGUCGCCCGCCGCCCGGGCGUCAAGAGGGCUCUGGCGAAGUUUGACGAGCUGCUGGAGGCUAUAAAGAGGAUAUUCGGGCACACGCGCGUGCAAGUGUUUGAUGGGUCGCUGCCCAUCCUUCAGGCCCGCAAUUUGUUCCGAAGAGCUCGCCUCUUCGUGGCAGGUCACGGGGCGGCCAUGGCCAACAUGGUCUUCAUGCCUGCCAACGCUACAGUGCUCGAGAUUCGCCCCGAUAAAUACGAGAACGCGUGCUACCACCACUUGGCGUACGCAUGCGAGCUGCGGUAUUAUCUGACAUUCGGCAAGGGGGACUAUGAGAGCCAGGUUCAGGUUGACUUGGGCGAAGUUACCGGCAUUCUGCAAGGGAUCAAGGAUGGGUUUGCUCCUCUGCCGGUUAUGGCGGCGCCCAAAAUAGCACUAUUAGCAGCUGCCUUCGCUCUCCUGUUCGCGCUACAAGCCUUCGCGGAUCCCGCACCCGAACCUCGUCCUGCGAAGUGCGACUACUCGGUGGGCAAAUGGGUGAAGGCGGUGAAUCAGCCGAAGCGAUACUCGGGAAUAGGUUGGGAGCCCAACUACUGCAAGUACAUUCGCAGCGGCUUCAACUGCGAAACCAACAAUCGGCCCGACCAGCUCUACCACCAGCUGCGCUGGCAGCCGGAGAAGUGCGAUCUUAGUUAUGUUACCGCGGAGGAUUGGGGGUUCCUCAUGAAGGGCAAGAGGAUGCUUAUGGUGGGAGACUCCAUAACGAACAACGCGUACCAGUCGCUGCUCUGUCUCAUCAGCUCGGCCGACAACAAGGGAAAGCCGUUCGACGAUGACAGCGCGCCCAAGGGUUUGAGAGGCGUUGAUUUCCCGACGAUCGACUUUUCUCUGCACUUCUACUUCUCGCCCUACCUCACGCAAGCUGAGAGGCGAAAGCCCAUCGCCAACCAGACGGGCACACCUGGUUACAAGGUUAACAUCACGACAAUCGAUCCCGUCGUUCAGUACCUCGUUUCGUAUUACGAUGUGGUGUUGUUUUCGACUGGUGUGUGGUGGUCGCAAAACUUUCCGGGCAGCCCGAAGCAGCCCGACCAGUAUUACAUUCAAGGCGCUCCCGCGAACAUCACCAACGUCAACGCUCAGUGGUACGCCGUGAAAUCCUGGGCGAAUUACCUCACGCGAAUUGAAUACCCCGGGAUGCCCUAUUUCCUGAGCUUUUCGCCCAAGCACGGCCCAGUUGAUCCUACUGACCCUGGUGAGGGUUCAUGCGGCGCGACAAGACCGAUGGAGUGGGACGAGGCGAUGGAUGAAUACAAUAACCUGACUGUAGCUGAGGAUUAUUACAAGUCUCAGAAGAACGCUCUGCGUGGGUCCGUGUUCCGCUUUGUGCGUGUAACGAGGAUGAGUGAGACGAGGCCAGAUGCUCAUCUCGGCAUGUGGAAUCAAAUCCAGCCGGACGUUUCGGCAGCGUUCAAGACACCCGAUAAGGGCGACUGUACGCACUGGUGUCUUCCAGGGCUGCCCGAUUCGUGGAUGGACAUGCUCUACAGCCAAAUGCUGUUGGAACCGCUGCUGCUUACACCGAACUAG